CAAAGCGAGCGGCGUUGACGGGAGGCCUCUGGAUGGCGUCGCCAGCGUGAGGAUGCAGCAGGACACGGAGUUUGAGUCGGACGGUCGCAGCAUCAGAUGCACUGAGGUGUUUUACCAGCUCAAGACUCCAGACUGCAGCCUGGCGUCGGUGCUGUCGUCCUGCAGCGUGUUUCAGAAGGAGAUGGCUCUGGCCGCCUGCAGCGCUCUGGCUCCUCACCUCGCCGUCCUCACCUCCAGCGGCAUCAACUCGCUCUCUCUCCGCAUCUCCACACAGGCGGAUAUGGUGAGAAUUAACGCUCGUCACUCGGUCUGCAAAGAGCCG